GCCAGUAUAAAAAUAUAUGUAUUCACUAACUGUAAGUCGCUCUGGAUAAGAGCGUCUGCUAAAUGACUAAAAUGUAAUGUAAAUGUAAAUGUUUUGUACACUGUGUGUAUAGGAUGUGUGGUGUUAUAGUGAGUGUGUUUGCUGUACUAUCCUGUAUCCUAUGAGCGUAUUGAGUCAACAAGAGUGUCUCAACUGACAUUCCUAAGUGUUAUCAUGUUCACCCAGUGGACUCACUCUAUAUUUGUUUCAAACUCUUAUCAAUUAUUCUCAAAAGGGCUUGCCAGCUUCAGAAAUACCUUCAGUUUUUGUGUUUGCUGGCUUAUUGUUACUUUCUAAGGGUCUGGUAUUUUUACAUAGAAAAUGUUGACAUCUAAGCCAUUUUAAACAGAAAUCAAAUCUUUCCCUCUGUUGUUUGUGUGAAGUGGGUAUAUGCCGUUACAUCCUGAUUAUAGUAUGAUUUUAUCUGUUUGCUCCUGACUCAUGUUUACCUGCUUGGGUGUAUCGAGAGUGACUCUUCAAUGUAUGACAAUGUCACUGGUUUCUCACUUCUCCCUCUUAACAACCUCCUCGUAUGCCAACCUCCUCAUAUGCCAACCUCCUCAUAUGCCAACCUCCUCAGUCUGUCCUUCUUCUAUCUGUGUGUGAACAGGUGCUGCUCAACUCCAUGGACCACACACCCCAGAGACUUCAUCUCCUUCUGGUCACCACCGCCACCACUCUCUGGUCUCUCCCCGUCUCGAUGGCUGCCAGCGUGACCCCGGUGGGGUGUGGCUCCAACGUAGGCUCCCUGUACUACAGCCUGUGUGACCUCAGUGCCGUAUGGGGCAUCGUUCUGGAGUCGUUGGCGGCGGCCGGCGUGAUGGCUUCCAUCAUCCUCCUCAUCGUCCUCCUGGCCAGCAUGCCCUUCAUCACAGACAAGAACAGGAGGAGCUCCAUGGGCCUCCAUGCCUGCUUCCUGUUCUGUACCAUGGGCCUCUUCUGCCUCACCUUCUCCUUCAUCGUAGGGAAGGACUUCGCCACCUGCGCCUCGCGACGCUUCCUCUUCGGGGUGCUAUUUUCCGGGUGCUUCGCGUGUCUUCUCAUGCAGUGUGUAAGGCUGAACCUCCUGGCCCGCAGGGGGAAUCGGGGGCCCCGGGCCUGGGUACUGUGUCUGGGAGCCCUGGGGCUCUGGCUGGUGGAGGUGGUCAUCAACACGGAGUGGCUGAUCAUCACUGUGGUUCGCAAUCCACCCAACGAUACAGGGACAGCACUAGGCACGGCCGCAGACGUGCCCUGUAACAUCAUCAACCAGGACUUUGUCAUGGCGCUGAUCUACGUACUGAAUCUUCUCCUAGCUGUCGUAGUGGCUUCCUUACCCACCCUGUGCGGGAAACACAAGCAGAGGCACCAGGAGGGAGCCUUCAUCCUCGUCACGGGUCUCCUCUCUGUGUUCAUCUGGGUGGCCUGGAUCACCAUGUACGUCUGGGGGAACGAGAGGACCGGCGGACCCAGCUGGGAUGACCCUACCCUGGCCAUCGCCCUGGUCAGCAACGCCUGGGUGUUCCUGGUCCUCUACACCAUCCCUGACAUAUGCUCUCUGACCCGGGAGGAGGAGGGGGGCGCACCAGGGUUCGGAGAGGACCCGAACAGAGGUGUGGGCUAUGAGAAUAUCCUGAGGGAGCAAGGAGCCCAGAACAUGUUUAUGGAGAACAAGGCUUUCUCUAUGGAUGAGCCCAGCUCCGGUAUGUAGCGACACACACACACAUACACACACACACACACACACUUGGUGACCCACAUAAAUUACCUGGCUUCACUAAUAAGUACACUUCACUAGAUGACAGGAUGUUUUGUCCACUCACAUACAGUUAAUAUAUCUAACACAUCUAAUGUAUCUAACACAUCUAAUGAAUCUAUCGAACACACUAAACAAACAUUAGAAAGGGGAGGUUCAGAAGGUUCAGGAAGGUAUGGGGCUUGCAUCAGUACAGUCAGACAUGAAUAAAAUAACUUUGUUGUCUACAUGGAGCAAUCUGCACACUCUGCACACACUGUAAAUACUAUAAAUAUAAUGAACUUCAGUUGGCUUAUUUGUUCAUAUUCCAAUAUACAUUAUUUUCAACGACCCGGAGUCUGAAAUAAAAUAUAUUCGAAAACAGUACGUUGAAAAAAAACGGCGAGAUGGAUAAGAAAACCCAAUGGUACUGAAUUUCACAUCCAGUAUACAGUACAAUCUGCAUACUUUUAAGAAUUUGAUAUGCUGACGUGGUUUUAAUCCUAUUGGUGACCCGUAUCUGAUCUUGCAGGCUGCAACAGAUCCAGACAGGACACUGUAUCUUUCCACUCCUCCCACUCUAUCUCUUUGAUGCUGCUCUACCUGCCCUCAGCCUGCCCUGGCCUCAUCUCAUCACCACAAGUGAUGUGUCCCAAAUGACACCCCGUUUCCUAUAUAGUGCACUACUUUUGACCAAGGCACAUAGGGCACUGGUCAAAAGUAGUGCACUUUAUAGGGAAUAGGGUGCCAUUUGGGAUGCAGACAAUGGUUUAGGUCAGAGUGGGAGGGAGGGAUAAUAGUACAUGGUAAUGCGGAUGGCGCCUUUAUGAGUUAGCAGCUCUAUCCUGACUGAGGUUGACCUACUGUACGUCCUGGUCUGUUGAGAUCAGCUGGCACCAGGUGACUAGUCUCUAUACAGACAGGUUAGAUUUGAUUUAGCCUCCCACAAUGUACCAAUGUUCUAGCAUGUUGCCUUAGGUCUUGGAUUUCCGACACUAUAUCAAUACAAUAUUAGAACAUAGAGGGACAUACAGUGUUCAGUCAGUGUCCGUUUUUACUGAGUGUAAUAUCAUGUUUGGAUAAAUAAAAGGAAAGAAAAUAAACAAUAUGAAACUAAUAAUGAGGUGAGAACGGAGAAUGUUUUGAGAAAAAUAACCCUUCCAUAUUUGGCGAUUUUAUAUUCAUAUUGAACUAUUAUUAAAUAUUAACGGGAAAUUAUGUUUGUUUUAAAACUCAUCAACUUUUUCUGGGAGAGACUGAGAACGAAGGAGGAUAUCCUUUGUGAUGAGAGAGAGCUAUGAAACCAGAAAAAGUCCAUAAUUGUCUUUGUUUAGCCUGAGGACUUAUUUAAACAUUAAGCAACCAAGUCCUCUCUCUCACCCACCACUCUCUCCCACACAUACAUUCCAUUCCCACCGAUCUACCAGGUGACUCAAUGGGAGUUAGUAAUUACACCUUGUCUAGGACAAAACAGUGACCUAACCAGUGUACCAUGCAUACAUAAACACUGACACAUACACACACAAACACGCACACGCACACACUCAUCAGCUUGCCCCAACAUCACUUCUUGUGUUUGCGUUACCGUGCUGUCUCAACAGCAAACAAGGUGUGGCAACAGUAUCAUAGUAGGCAGAUAUUUCACAGGGGGACCAGGCAUUUCCACCUGGGGAAAACAAAAAGAUCUCUCACAUUAACCAAACAUUAUCCAUCCUACCUUUAGAGAGGAUGUACUGUCUUUCACAUUAACCAAGCAUUAUCCAUCCUACCUUCAUAGAGGAUGUACUGUUUCUUACAUUAACCAAGCAUUAUCCAUCCUACCUUUAGAGAGGAUGUACUGUCUUUCACAUUAACCAAGCAUUAUCCAUCCUACCUUCAUAGAGGAAGUACUGUCUCUCACAUUAACCAAGCAUUAUCCAUCCUACCUUCAUAGAGGAUGUACUGUCUCUCACAUUAACCAAGCAUUAUCCAUCCUUCCUUUAGAGAGGAUGUACUGUCUUUCACAUUAACCAAGCAUUAUCCAUCCUACCUUCAUAGUGGAUGUACUGUCUCUCAUAUUAACCAAACAUUAUCCAUCCUACCUUCAUAGAGGAUGUACUGUCUUUCACAUUAACCAAGCAUUAUCCAUCCUACCUUCAUAGUGGAUGUACUGUCUCUCACAUUAACCAAGCAUUACCCAUCCUACCUUUAGAGAGGAUGUACUGUCUUUCACAUUAACCAAGCAUUAUCCAUCCUGCCUUUAGAGAGGAUGUACUGUCUUUCACAUUAACCAAGCAUUAUCCAUCCUACCUUUAGAGAGGAUGUACUGUCUUUCACAUUAACCAAGCAUUACCCAUCCUACCUUUAGAGAGGAUGUACUGUCUUUCACAUUAACCAAGCAUUAUCCAUCCUACCUUUAGAGAGGAUGUACUGUCUUUCACAUUAACCAAACAUUAUCCAUCCUACCUUCAUAGAGGAUGUACUGUCUUUCACAUUAACCAAGCAUUAUCCAUCCUACCUUUAGAGAGGAUGUACUGUCUUUCACAUUAACCAAGCAUUAUCCAUCCUACCUUUAGAGAGGAUGUACUGUCUUUCACAUUAACCAAGCAUUAUCCAUCCUACCUUCAUAGAGGAUGUACUGUCUCUCACAUUAACCAAGCAUUAUCCAUCCUACCUUCAUAGUGGAUGUACUGUCUUUCACAUUAACCAAGCAUUAUCCAUCCUACCUUUAGAGAGGAUGUACUGUCUUUCACAUUAACCAAGCAUUAUCCAUCCUACCUUUAGAGAGGAUGUACUGUCUUUCACAUUAACCAAGCAUUAUCCAUCCUACCUUUAGAGAGGAUGUACUGUCUCUCACAUUAACCAAGCAUUAUCCAUCCUACCUUUAGAGAGGAUGUACUGUCUCUCAUAUUAACCAAGCAUUAUCCAUCCUACCUUCAUAGUGGAUGUACUGUCUUUCACAUUAACCAAGCAUUAUCCAUCCUACCUUUAGAGAGGAUGUACUGUCUUUCAUAUUAACCAAGCAUUAUCCAUCCUACCUUUAGAGAGGAUGUACUGUCUUUCACAUUAACCAAACAUUAUCCAUCCUACCUUUAGAGAGGAUGUACUGUCUCUCACAUUAAUCAAGCAUUAUCCAUCCUACCUUCAUAGUGGAUGUACUGUCUCUCAUAUUAACCAAGCAUUAUCCAUCCUACCUUCAUAGAGGAUGUACUGUCUCUCACAUUAACCAAGCAUUAUCCAUCCUACCUUUAGAGAGGAUGUACUGUCUCUCACAUUAACCAAGCAUUAUCCAUCCUACCUUCAUAGUGGAUGUACUGUCUCUCACAUUAACCAAGCAUUAUCCAUCCUACCUUCAUAGUGGAUGUACUGUCUCUCACAUUAACCAAGCAUUAUCCAUCCUACCUUCAUAGUGGAUGUACUGUCUUUCACAUUAACCAAGCAUUAUCCAUCCUACCUUCAUAGGGAUGUACUGUCUCUCACAUUAACCAAGCAUUAUCCAUCCUACCUUCAUAGAGGAUGUACUGUCUCUCACAUUAACCAAACAUUAUCCAUCCUACCUUCAUAGAGGAUACACAGUUGACUGCACAGUGGAGAUAAUAGACGUAACGCCUGCAUCUGUUGUUUAUGAUCUUGUCAUGGUGGUUAAAUGCAACACCAAGCUACCAUGACUGGUUGCUUGGGAACGCUGAAUACCCAGAGAAUAAUGCUUGAGAGCGCCCGUGGAUGUCUGACUAAGUGGGAUUGAUUGAGAUUUAGGAUUUGAAAAUGUGAUAAUAUAAAGAAAGCAUCCAUUGUCCCGACAUAUACACUGAGUGUACAAAACAUUACGAACACCUUCCUAAUAUUGAGUUGCACCCUUUUUUCCCUCCGAACAGCCUCAACUCGUCAGGGCAUGGACCCUACACGGUGUCGAAAGCAUUCCAAAGGGAUGCUGGCCCAUGUUGACUCCAAUGCUUCCCACGGUUGUGUCAAGUUGGCUGGAUGUCCUUUGGGUGGAGGGCCAUUCUUGAUACACACGGGAAACUGUUGAGCGUGAGAACCAUACCCCGUUCAAAGGCACUUAAAUCUUUUGUCUUGCCCAUUCACCCUCUGAAUGGCACACAUACACAAUCCAUGUCUCAAUUGUCUCGAGGCUUAAAAAUCCUUCUUUAACCUGUAACUUCCCCUUCAUCUACACUGAUUGAAAUGGAUUUAACAAGUGACAUCAAUAAGGGAUCAUAGCUUUCACCUGGAUUCACCUGGUCAGUCUGUGUCAUGGAAAGACAUAAUGCUUUGAACACUCAGUGUAUGAUUCGGAUCUAAUGUUGUCGAUUGUUUUUCUUGUUGUUUUACCUUGCAGGUCCGAAGGUUGUGUCCCCAUACAGCGGGUACAGUGGUCAGCUCCACCCUUCUGUCUACCAACCCACUGAGCUGGCACUCAUCAUCAGGGGAAUGGGGAAUGUGAGUACUGGCCAUCAAUUGUUUGUCCGUGCACACACACACGCACACGUACACACGGGCACGACACACACACACACACACGCACACGUACACACGGGCACGACACACACACACACACACGCACACGUACACACGGGCACGACACACACACACGCACACGUACACACGGGCACGACACGCACACACACACAUACUGCCACAGAUUGUUGUUGUUGUGUUUUUCAAUUCUUUCUUUAAAAAAGAAAGAGGAAUCUUUAUUAAUAUCCAUUUGUUUAAAUAUUCUUCCCUUCUCUUUUGUUUGGAUCGUGAUGUGCAUGUUGUUUGUCCUUGUGUAUCUCUGGUUGCAGCAGGAAAUGUCUCACAUCCCCCGAGCCUCCACCAAUAACAGCUACGCGGCCCACAGCGAGGGCAGUAUCCUGUCAGUACGGACUGACGAGACAGCAGACACACAGACGCAGCACGGCCACAGCGUAGGUGGAGAUUGAAAGCCCUUGUGGUGCAUCCCAAAUGGCACACUAUUGCCUUUGUAGUGCACUACUUUUGACCAGAGCCGGGUCAAAAGUAGUGCACUAAAUAGGAAAUAUGGUGGCCAUUUCGGACGUAUCCCUGCUGUCCUCUGACACAUUCUCCUCACCUCGCUCCCUGUCCAUUGUCCUCUUCUCCUCUGAGAAUGGUGGAAAAUACUAGUCUCACUCUCUUAGCAUGGGGGGUAUUUUGGCUACAAAGGUGGAUACUGUAUACAGUAAACACACACAAUCACAAUGCAUUCCCUCUCUGUCUACGUUUCACCUUGACAAGCCUGUCACUUCAGUCUCUUCCUGCUCUUGUCUUAUUGGACGAUUUGUUGUUUUGUCUAUCCAUCUGUUUCUCUUAUUGUUUUGGACCAGUCGUGGCUUUUACUUCCUUUGUCCUGUGGGUUUCUGACUUCUUUCUGGUGUUACGGCCUUUGACCUUCUUUCAACUCAGUCUUUUUUCAUAUUGCGUUAGGAAUUUCAUUACACUAUGCAUAUCUAUAUGACUUUAGACCUAUUUCGUUUUCUAACAAUAUCAUCUCUCCAUCUCUUCUUUUUUCAGGGUAAUGGACUGCACAAGAUACCCCAGUGGUGAACACAGACUACUUUACACCUCUUUCCUCAAUACAUUUUUGUUGAUAUAGUUUCCUCAUGUUGACUCUAUUUUUUCUGUUGUCCAUUGGAUCCUUGAUAUGAGCUGGUUUUUAUAGGGACCCCAUCACAAUGAGGCCUACCUGAACUCUGACCUAUCAGCCUAUCAGACCAGAGCUGAAGUUUAGGGUCAACGACACGAACAGUUUGCCGUUUGUACAACCCCUAUAGAUGGACAGUCCUGUGUACGACAUAACCCUCUAUAGAUACAUGGACAGUGCCUGAAGGUCUGUCUGUCCCUGUUCCCUGCCCAUCUGUCCGUCUGACAGGACACUGACAGCAUUUGGAAGUCAAAGCAACCCGCAGAGCGGAGAGCCCAUGGCGUUGGGAGAGAACAAUACCUUUUGCAGAGGUCACCUCUGACUACGAGCUGAGCUCUCCACUGGACACACUGUGACAGAUGAAACGUGAGGAAAAUAUGGUCUCACUCCUCUCCUAACAUGUAUUUAGGCAACAAAGCUGUAUAUACACUAAACACAUGCACACACACACACACACACACACACACACACACACACACACACACACACACACACACACA